AUGGCUACCGCAAUGACCGCCACCGCAACCCCUGUUCCUACUGUAGCAUCUCAUGCGCAAGACACAACCCUACCUCCACCUCCCAAGGGUGACAUCACUACACCUGUCCUCUUCGCCCAGAACUUCCAACAGCCCAGCACGGGAUACAUGUUCAUCAAGAACCCUCCUCCCGCGGGUGUUCCCUAUACCAACAUUCGCGGCGAGCCGGCAAUGGUCACCGUUGAGGACCUCCGCGGUAAGGAAGACAGUGUCAACCUCGACCACGACUCGCUCCAAGUCCUGCAGGGCCUGACCGACGUUCCGCGCAGCCCCGAUGUCAACUGGGACAGCAUCCAAAGCGUAGAGAAGACCUUCUACCCGGCCGUCGAAGCGACCAUCAAGUCCUCCAUCCCCGGCGCUCACACUGUGCACAUCUUCCGCCACGGCAUCCGCCACUCGCAGAACUGGCCGGUACCCUACAACCCCCCGGCCAUGAUCGCACAUCUGGAUCAGACCGGUCCUGCCGCCAUCAACCGCGUGCUCAGACACAUGGGACCCGUGGAAGGACCCCGGCUGCUGCAAGGCCGCUACCGCAUCGUGCACUUCUGGACUCCCCUCAACGGGCCCGUCUACACUUGUCCCGUCGCGGUCGCCAGCUCCGCUACGGUUAAGGAUGAGGACAUCCAAAUCUUUGUCAGUCAUCUUGGGGGCGUGGGCGGGCUAGACAUGCCCCUUGGACGGCCGGUCGCGAAACCCGAUGCGUCGGAACAGUACCGCGAGGAUUUUGGGGCGCCACGCUAUUCGGACGGCCAGCGGUGGUUCUACCUCAGUGGCAUCACCCAAGAUGAGGCCUUGUUGAUCCAGAUCUUUGACUCCAAGGCGUUGCAGAAGGACAGUACCGUCCAGGGGGCAGAGCCGUGCAUUCGGCCUUCCGCGAUCCCCGGACUCCACAGGGAGCCCCCGAUCGUUGGAGUAUUGAGGUUUCCUGCUUGGUUUUCAGCGAUGAGUGAUUCUGUUGGAUAUAAAUUGAUCAUAUUUGUGUUUUGCGUUCUCGGGCUUGACCUUGGUUGUUCUCUUUGUGUCUAG